AAAUUAUAAUAUUAAGCUGUAGAAAAAUGAAGGAGUCGGUUUGAAAACGAGGCGCAUGAAAAACUAGCAUAUUCAAAGCAAUAUCAUUGAAAAUAGUACUGAUUUUGUGACUUUUGUUCUGAGCGACAGAUUCUAUGAAGAGUUCCCAUUUUGAAUGCUCUGAGGACAGAAUAUGUCCUAUGAGUCAUGGACUGAGUCAUCUUCAUCAAAGUCGUUUACAGGUUAAAUUACUGUCAAGUAAACACACAGGAAUAAAAGAUUCACACAUCCUAGUCAUAUUCUCAGCUGUAUUUACAAUCUGAAUAUUCAUCAUUAUUUUGCUCAGAAUCGUCGAUAUUAGCAACUACGCUACUAUAACUCUAAAAUAAGACCCACAAGAAAGAACGGAUCAGAAAAGCUAACCUCAUCAACGAAAGACUCUACAGCCUCGGCAUCAUCAAGACCACCCCAGCACCACCCCAACACCCCUAAUCCCCAAAAAUCCCUAAAAUCUCACCUAAAUUUCCCU